AUGACAUCCUCGUUCAAGAACGUCGCCAUUGUUGGUGCCAGCGGAUCCAUUGACAACAUUCUGCUUGACGGUCUCUUUGCGUCUUCGCAAUUCAACAUUACCGUCGUCUCGCGACUCUCGCCCAAUAAACUCAAGCCAUUGUUUCCUCAAAAUGUCGCCUUUCUCAAGGCUGAUUUAUCGAACGUUGGCCUUGAGGCUGCUUUCAAGAAUCAAGAUUUCGUGAUCUCGACUGUCGGGUCCGUGGGAUUCAGGCAGCAUAAAAAGGUGGUUGAUGCUGCUGUGCGUGCUGGUGUCAAAUGGUUCAUUCUCUCCAACCUCCCAAACGACACUCUCGAUUACCCGAUCCCGGGGCUGUUUCAUUUUUUCAGGGAGAAGACAGUCUUGGUCUACUACCUCCAGAAUAAGGAGGCGGAAGAUCUGAGCUGGACUGCCAUCGCAGCGUCUGGUCUAUUUGACUGUGGCCUUCGAAAUAAAUUUCUUGAAUUCGAUGUUGCAAACCGUACUGCCACGAUCUGGAAUGGUGGUGACAAUGACUGUGAAAUCACUUACGAAAAAGAGCCCACGCAGUCGGUUAUCUCUAUCUUACAGCAUCCAGAAGAAGCCCGCAACAGGUGCUACUAUGUCCACUCUGUGGAGAUCACUCAACCAGAGAUGCUCGCAGUCGUGGAAAAGGCGCAGGAAGCCAAGUGGACGAUCGUUGACACCACGACGGACACACAAGUCGGCGAGGCAUCUAUGAAGCUGGAAAAUGGUGAUGCUAGUAGUGCUUUUGCAUUAAUUCGAGCUACUGCUACUGCUUAUGGAAACACGCCUGACCUCGAUGCAAAGUCAAGGAACAAGAAGACGGUUUAG